GGUUACAGCAAAGGCACUGCUCACUAAGAUCUUACAGCUGUGUUUCAGUGAGUGUGAGCCUAAAGUACUUUGAACAACGACUGCAGUAUGUUACACGCCUAAAUUAUACAUAAUUUAUAAAUAAAAUAAGUAGAGAAAGAAUUCCGGACAGGAAUGGAAGGCGGACAAUCACCCUUACUUGGGAACAUUACUUCAUUGGGUGGAAUACAGUAACUUUGUCCCGGCUACACCGGUAGUCGAAUGCACCCACGUCGGGGCCUCGGGAGGAGAGGGGUUGUGGCAGAGAGAUCAGCUUGCACUAAAUCCGGACAAAAUAGACGAAUCACAAGGAAAACUAUCUACUGCUUGGAACUACGACUAAUUUAAAAGCAAGAUGUGUGCGGAGACUACAAGCAGCGGAUCUCUCUCUGCUCGCGUGGUUAUGGGUUCGUAAACACAACCGAAAGUUGCAGUAUUUCGGUGAGUAAACGCUCGUAUUUGCCGUGCUGCGUUACAACCAGGCAGCACAACCACGGCCACACCCUCUUCUGCUUCCUGAUACAGAAGAUGUAGCGGGAACACAUAACCGACUCCCAAUCAAGAAUCACGACCACUUCUCUCCAAAGGAGUUUCAAAGUCAACAUCGGAGGUAAAAGUUGUGAGUUGUACUUCAAAAACGGAAGCUUUUCGACCGGAAUACGACUGAUAUGGAUACCAAAACCGAAACCCGACGCCACGAACGCCGGACUAGAUCAUGCCUAGUUUUUAACUAAAGAGUGCUUAUGGACAGUAGAAAUGUACAUAGACUUGUACCUGGAGGAGGAACUAUUUUAUAUUCCGGGACCGUGCAUGAAAAAGAAACGAUUGAAAGCCGUGAAAGGUUCGCCGCAAUUGGCCUGUUGCUCUUGCACUGGAGGCUUUUAUUUUGGAAGAUUAAUGGAAUGAUGGUGCAGGAAAAGCACUGCGAUCCUGGUGAGGUCAAUCGGAACUGCUCUGGUGGUGGUCGUGUUGUAAGAGGCAUGAAACUGCCUCACUGUCACUUUAGGGUGGUCAAACGGAUUUUGAACAGAUCAACCUAUAAUACAGUGCACAGAAGCCCGGCUGCUUUCAUGCUAGCGGGUAUUUUAAAUUCAGAUUUGCUCGACACAAAGUAAACGAAAGGACACUUGGCUGAUUAACUCAAAGGUUGUACCUAACACAAACAGACUUUACUAAUACUGUUUAUUUUCGUAGCUGCAUAGUAUACAAAUAUUUUUUAUAAUUGUUGUGUUCAGUCUGCACUUCGCCUACACAGAGGCAACCCGGUGGCACUGCAGUUUUUUUGAUUUUACAUUUUGUGUUAUUGUUUUGACCGAUAUAUAGCAAUUUAUAUCUUAUUAAUGCAACAAAUACAACCUGUGAAUUAUUUUAAACAGCUGUGGGCUAAAUUGGCAUACCUUAGGUGAAACAGUAAGGGCAUUUAACCAGGUUAAUAUAAGUAAAGAUAAAGCACAGAAAAAAUCCUGAGUUACAACGAAGGGAAGUUCAGAUGCAGCUGCUGGGUUAUUGAUAAUCCAUUUACAUGUUCAGUGAAAGGCAUACCAAUGCUAUUUGGUCUUCUAGGUGAAACAUAAUGAACAUCACUUAAAUCUGUGGCUGUCAUACUCAGUUUAGAAACUAAAACCUGUUGAAAACUAAAAGCUUUAUUUGGAUUCUUAAAAAAAAUAAUUCUGUAUCACCAUUCCCACUCCCUUGCUGUUUACAAAUUGAAAUCUUAUUUGAAAAAUACUGCAUUGCAGUUAUCCAUUCUGCAUCAGUUUUAGUAAAUGUUUACUUUUAUUAUUUCAAUGUCCUGUGCUUUUUCAGUUUUGGAUUUAACGGUGGAUAAACUUAAAUGCAUACUUUCUGAAGGACAAUAAGGAAGUCUUUGGCCAGUUUCAACUCUGUGUUUGUUUUUAAGUACAUGAGGAUUUUGGCACAAAAAUGUCUUAAGUAACAAUCCCUUACAAGGGAGUGUGUGGUUUAAUCCUUUUUGUGGAAAAAACAAAGCACCACAAAAAAAAAAAAAAAAAAAUCAGCUUGACCACCCUACUAUGGCUAGUAGUGGCUCGGGGAAGUCAGCUAGUGAGGGAUCUACCAGUGUUCCGAGCGGCAGCUUACAGCAGAGGAAAAAGCUCUCGUCCGUCUGUGACUCAUGCAAGGCCAAGAUGCAGCUGGUUGCCGACCUGCUGCUGCUGUCCAGCGAAACCAGGCCGGUCGCUGGUGCUGAAGGUCCGCCGGUGGCAGAGACGUUCGAGGCGUGCCGGGACACGGUCAUCGCCAGGACCAAGGAGCUGUCAAUCCUGACGCACGACAUCCAGAGCCAGCUCAACAUGGGCAAGUUCACCGAGGUCGGGGACCGGCUCCUGGAAAUGGGCGACCUGGUGAUCUCGCUGACCGAGUGCUCGGCGCACGCUGCUUACCUGGCUGCCGUGGAGACGCCGGGCUCCCAGCCCUCCCUUCCGGGCCUGGUGGACCGCUACAAGGUGACCCGCUGCAGGCACGAGGUGGACCAGAGCUGCGGCGCGCUCAGGGUCACGGCCCUGGCGGACCUGACCCCCCAGCUGCUCCUGGAGGUGUCCCAGAACAUCUCCAGGAACCUGAAGACCCUGACGGACGCCUCUGUUCUGGCCAGCGAGAAGUCCAAGGACAAGUUUGCCAAGGAGCAGUUCAAGCUGGGCGUUAAGUGCAUGAGCACGAGUGCCACUGCUCUUCUGGCUUGCGUGAAGGAGCUGAAGACCUCUCCCAGCGAACUGACCCGGAACAGGUGCGUCCUCUUCAGUGGGCCCCUGGUGCAGUCGGUGCACGCUUUGGUGGGCUUCGCCACUGAGCCUCAGUUUUUGGGCAAAGCGGCCGCCAUCAGCCCCGAGGGGAAGGCAGUGCAGACGGCCAUUCUGGGCGGGGCGAUGAGCGUGGUCUCUGCCUGCGUUCUCCUGACCCAAGGCCUCAGGGACAUUUCCCAUCAACCCGAAAACAGCACCAAGAUGCCGGACUACCGGGAGCGCUUACGGAAUUCGGCCUGUGCGGUCUCGGACGGAUGCUACUUGCUCUCUCAGGCACUAAGGGAAAGAUCUUCACCCAGGACUUUACCGCCAUUCAACUCUCAUUCUGUGAAUUAAACCCUUUUUAAAAUAAUGAAUCUCCCAGAAAGUUUUUUGUACCAAAGAAACUGAUUAAACUGACCCUUUACAGUAGUAAAGCGAGUGCAAAGAGCAGCGGCGGAGAGUAGUCGGUGACGUGGGUUGGUUUGCGCUUUUUACCGAAAUCAGACGCAACGGGUCUUCUCACGCUGGAUGUGAUUGAAGCCUGACUAAAACAGCCAAACUUAGCAACUCAGUCCUAAUCAGCAUUCACUGUUAGCCCCCCCUCCCCUCUUUGCAAGGAAGUAACAAAUUAAACCAGAAAAGUUUACCUCAGUUUUCAGCCAUUUGAAAACAACUGAUGGAUGUAGCCUCACGCGUGUGACAUUUGAGCUGGUGAUCUAUAGAAGUAAAUGAGCUGUGUAAAAGUGGGAAGCGUGGCAGUGUUUGUUUUCCAUGUGUGAAUUUUAAUGGGUAAAAGCUGCUGUGAGUGUGUGCUAUAGAUUUUACACUAUUUACCAGACUUACUAGUCCUUUCAAUGUGUUUUGAUCAUGCAUGUACUGGAGUAUUUAUUUCAACUAUUAAAAUGAUGUUUCUCAUA